CCUUGCCAAGGGCUGGAUUUAGGCUUCAGUUGAGUGGAAAAUGCUGUUCAUUGAGGUACUGCUUGGCUGCCUUCUUCUGGCUGCGGUUGAUGCAGCUCCAGAAUAUCUGCUCUACACACGUCGCAAUGGAAGCACGCCUCAACGUGUUAGGCCAGAGGUGGAGUCGCUACUGCGCUCUUCGUUCUAUGCCUUGGAUCCAAUUGUAGUCUACAUACCUCGCAUCCCCGGCGAAGGCGCUGAGCACUUGAAACUCAUUGCGGCCCUGCUCGAGCGGGAGCCUUGCAAUGUCUUCGCUGUGCACCCGGACGAGCAGCAAAGCAACUCAGAGAUUGUGGACAGUGUGAGUGGCUUGUUGAUCAUGCUGCACUGCCAGUUUAAUGUUCCGCUCAAGCAGCAGCAGCUGGUGGGUUUUGGGGCGGGUGCGCACUUGGCUGGCUCCGUAGCUUAUCUCGUGCAGCGGCAGCUCGGCGACCCUUUGCCACACAUCACAGCACUCGAUCCACCUGACGCCAUAGAUGCACUAGAGCAUAAGCUGUCGACUCAGGACGCCGUACACGUGGAGGUGAUUCACACCAAUGGCCAGGGACUGGGCACGAUGGCGCGAUUGGGCGAUGUGGACUACUAUCCAAAUGGUGGGCAGCAGCAACCCGGCUGCAAGGAGGCGGCAGACCCUGACUCCUGCUCGCACGAGCGAGCCCUCGAGUUAGCCGCCGAGAUGUGGUCACCGGUGAACAACCUGCUUUGCGCCCACUGCGUGUCGGAGGAGCAACUGAGUGCCAGCAGCUGCCGCUGGACCAUGCUUCGCAUGGGCGAAGGUGCCUCGGGCAUUUAUUAUCUAGAGACACGAAGUAGCGCCCCUUUUGGAAAGGGCGCCUUCCACAUCUCCUUCUUGUAGGGCACAUCACAAUAAAGAGCACCCCAUAGUAUAAAUGAGUGAA